AUUCGAUCUCAACUUCGACUCCCUCAGUCGCUUGUGUGCUUCCGGUGUAUGGGCCUCUCCUCUCUUCUGGGCAUGCUCUGUCUUGAAUCCUACUGAAGCUGUCCUAUUUUCGUGACAUCUGAAAGCCUCUCGUGCCUCGGCGACUCCUUUCCAUCACUUUCCGUGCCUUGCAACCGCCCCGAAACUUCACCUUCUCAACUCACAAUGGCAACCAAUUCAAUCAAGCUUUUGACUGGUAACAGUCACCCUGAGCUUGCAAACCUCGUGGCUGCUCGGCUUGGCAUUGAAUUGACCAAGAUCAUGGUCUUGCAAUACUCCAAUCAGGAAACCAGCGUCACGAUCGGUGAAAGUGUACGAGACGAGGAUGUCUUCAUCUUGCAAUCGACGCGCCCGAACGACAUCAACGACGGCUUAAUGGAAUUGCUUAUUAUGAUCAACGCCUGCAAAACUGCUUCCGCUAGACGUAUCACAGCCGUCAUCCCUAACUUCCCCUAUGCGCGUCAAGAUAAGAAAGAUAAGAGCCGUGCGCCGAUCACCGCUAAGCUCAUGGCCAAUAUGCUUCAGACGGCCGGCUGCAACCAUGUCAUCACCAUGGACUUGCACGCGAGUCAGAUUCAGGGUUUCUUCAAUGUCCCCGUCGAUAAUCUGUACGCCGAGCCGAGCAUGUUGAAGUGGAUUCGGGAACAUCUGGAUGUAACCAACUGCGUCAUUGUCAGUCCCGAUGCUGGUGGUGCCAAGCGUGCCACUGCCAUUGCCGACCGUCUUGACCUGCAAUUCGCCCUGAUUCACAAGGAACGGCCCCGCCCCAACGAGGUCUCGCGCAUGGUUCUCGUCGGUAACGUGAAGGACAAGAUUGCUAUCAUCGUUGAUGAUAUGGCCGACACUUGCGGAACCCUCGUCAAGGCCGCUGAUACGGUUAUGCAGCACGGUGCCAAGGAGGUCAACGCCAUCGUUGUUCACGGCAUCCUCUCCGGCAAGGCCACCGAGAACAUCAACAACAGCUGUCUCAGCCGUGUCGUCGUAACCAACACCGUCCCCCACGCCGAAAAGAAGGAACAGUGCGACAAGAUCGAGACUAUCGACAUUAGCCCUACCCUUGCCGAGGCCUGCAGACGUACACAUAACGGUGAAUCCGUCAGCUUCUUGUUUUCUCAUGCCGUGGCUUAAAGGCAUUGCACCAAUGGUUUUAGAUAGUGACAAAGGUCAAGGUGGCAUGUCACGUCGGUCAUAUUCUCCGCAAAGGCGUGGCCACGCCCUUCCUCGAAAUGGUGAUGGUUGUAUGACCUUCUCACUAGAAGUUCUCGAUUCACGAUCUUAUGGAUUGAGC